UCCUCUCAGCCAUGGAUGACAUUUAUAAGGCAGCGGUUGAGCAGCUGACAGAAGAGCAAAAAAAUGAGUUCAAGGCUGCCUUUGACAUCUUCGUGCUGGGGGCAGAGGAUGGCUGCAUCAGCACCAAGGAGCUGGGGAAGGUGAUGCGGAUGCUGGGGCAGAACCCCACCCCUGAGGAGCUGCAGGAGAUGAUAGACGAGGUGGAUGAGGACGGCAGUGGCACCGUAGACUUUGAUGAGUUCCUUGUCAUGAUGGUCCGGUGUAUGAAAGAUGACAGCAAAGGAAAAACUGAAGAGGAACUCUCAGAUCUCUUCAGGAUGUUUGACAAAAACGCCGAUGGCUACAUCGACCUGGAGGAGCUGAAGAUCAUGCUGCAGGCGACAGGAGAAACUAUCACUGAGGACGACAUAGAAGAACUGAUGAAAGAUGGGGAUAAAAACAACGAUGGCAGGAUUGACUAUGACGAGUUCCUGGAGUUUAUGAAGGGAGUUGAAUAAAUCUGAGGCCAGAUCAACAGCCUGAAUCGCCUAAACCCCUCCAGCUCUGCAUCUCAUCUCCUUGGACAAGUACCCCAUCUCCUUGGAUAAGUACCCUGGCUACUGGCAUGAAGACUGAGCGCUGAGAAGGGUGGCCACUGGGAAAAUAAAACACCUU